AUUUUCGCUGACAUCCCCACCAGGGCCGAAUGAGGAACACAGGACUGGACGGACCGUGUUGACUGAAUGGCAACCUGCGUAUCCAGCGUGUCGGUGCCACUGAGCUGAAGUAGCAGCGCGAGGUGUAACGUUAGAGCAGCUCCUCGAUACCAGGAGGUUUUAGACAUGUUUUGGCGCUCAGCAGCUCGGCCGGGAUGUGUCACACGUCUACGCUGCUGGUCCCUCGCGGUCUGUUCGGGGACCCCCACGUGCCCCCAAUGUCCUCUGGUCACCUCCCGGUUCUUCUCCGUAUCUGCCCCCCGCACGAGGUCUCCGACCCACGAGGGGGUAAAGCCACCUGUGAAGCGGUGGGCCCUGGCGGCGAGCCCCUUCGGCACGGUGCGCGCGCAGCUCGGCUGCAGCAUCUCCGUCCGCCCGCUGGACCUGCACGCGUACCCGGAAGCGGACCGGGUCUUUGUCGCGGUCCGCGGACCGGACAGCGAGCAGGAGGUCGGCCUGGAUCACCUGCGCGUCCACUACGACGACCAGAGCAAAGAGCUGCUCAUCUCCGCAGAGGGGGUUAAGAGCAGCGUGUCCAUCGAUCUGACUGCGCCUAUCAAGAGCAAUCUAUUCAUCACCACUCAAGGAAAGGGUCACGUGCAAGUGGAGAACAUGGAGUGUGACAUCUGCACGGUGCAGACAGAGCAGGGAAGCUGUUUUCUGCACUCUGUUAAGGGUCAUCGGGUGGAGGUCCAGUCCCAUGGAGGACAUGUCACGGGGGUGGGCACUAUCCAUGGCAAUGUGGACAUCAGCACACGUGGAGACGGCGCGGUGGAUGUCAAAAAGCUUCAGGGGAACAAAAUGAAUAUUUCAACAGAACGUGGCCCUCUAAAGGUGAAAGCCAUCUAUGCUGAAUCCAGCUGCAUCUCCUCCUGCUCCGGGAGAAUCGAACUGGGGAAUGUGCACGGCGACGCCACCGUGAAGAACAUGUCUGGAGAUACAGUCAUCGAUGGUUCGAAUAGCUUCCUUAAGGUUUCCUCUCACAGCGGGGCCAUUGACGUCCAUGUGGGAGACGGUGGCAGCGCCCAACUCCACAGUCAGGAAGGAGCGGUGUGCGUGCGCGUCCCCUCCUCGUUGAAAGCCGAGAUGCAGCUGUGUGGAACGUCUGUGGAUAUCAGCCCAGAUGUUGUGCUGCACGGAGUAAUAAACAACACAACUGAAGGCCAAACCACAGUUACUGGUUAUAUAAAUGGAAAGCCCCAAGCUGACCAGUGUGUGAGAGUUCGGGCGGACAGAAACUCCGUCAGGCUGAAAACACAAAGCUGGUUUGAAUCGCUGAAGCUGGGGAGCUGAUUUAUGAGGUCUACAGGACAGAUAUUUCUGUAUAUUAGGUAUAUAAACCAUUGUGCUCAGGUUAUACUGUACUUUAAAUAAAUAAUAUAUUAUGUACUGUAUUAAACAGAUAUUCUGUAUGCAUUAAAAAAAGUGAUGAAAGUAUACUAUUUGACUGCACACCAGUGUUGGUUUGUGAUGAACUGUCAGUGGUUUUAAUAUUGCCAACGAUUGAAUGUUCUAUGUACGGUAUGUAAAUGCCACCUUAAUAAAAUGAAGUGAAAUGCA